AUUAACAAUGACAGCACACAGAACACAUCAGCUUUGAAAUUAAACAACAAAAUUGCGAAAACAGCAAACUUGCGAACAGGAAUACAAUAUUUUAGUUUAUUGUUAAUUAUUCAUAGCUUGUUUUCGUAUUUGAUCAAGAAUGGAAGAGGUUUUGAACGACAUCGUCUCGCAAGAGGAGCUAGCGAAAUUCGAGAAAAAGUAUAACCAAGAGCUGAAUAACAAGAGCCUUUCCCAUACCACACAAUUUGAGUACGCUUGGUGUUUGAUCAGGAGUAAUUACACAAACGACAUAAAAAGUGGUGUCCGACUUUUGGAGGACUUAUGCGUGAAGAAUUCCGAUGGCAAACGCGACUACAUCUACUAUCUGGCUAUAGCAUACACCAGACUGAAGGAAUAUUCGACCGCAAUGAAAUAUGUGCAGGCCUUCUUGGAGAUUGAACCCAGCAAUCAGCAGGUAAUCGGUCUGGAGGAGUACAUCAAAAAGAAGAUGGAUAUCGAAGGACUGAAAGGCGUCGCAAUGGCAAGUGGUGCUGCACUGAUUCUUGGAGGCAUUCUAGGAAUAGGUUUUGCGCUGGCAAAAAAAUGAAUGCACGCUAAAAGGUGACAAAUACGUUAUUCUUGGUGAUUUAAUUUUACUAAAAAUUGUUUUGUUCGUUUGCUGUGAUGAAACAGUUUGACUGUCGAGAUAUAUCAGAUGUGUGAAAAUCAUUUCAUAAAUUACAAAUAAAUAAAGCAAGAUGGUAUCAAUAUCUAUCCUUCCAAUACGAAGACACAAACAUUUUAUAAACGUAGUAUUUAUGUUCUUGUAUAACAAUUGGGUUUGUACACUGCUGAAAUGUAAAUAUUGGUGACACAAAAGCACUUCUAGAUGUAGUUUAUACAAAUAUAUUAAAUGUAUGCA